CAGUACGUCACUUUUGUGAGUCGAUUUCAUUUCAAAUUACGUCCAAAUUUGGCCAUAGUGCGCAUACGAGCCAAAAGUGACGCUAUUUUUAAGAGGACAGGUUGGUUUGUGAGGGAUCACCUCAUGGAAAUCGCUUCUUACGAUGAGGUGCUACCUCCUCAUCCUUCGGUCCAAGUAGUCGCUCCAUGAGACCUAACUUUAGCGUGAUGGUCGUUAGGUACACUGUUGUUUAGGUCUCCUGGAUGCUUAUCUAGUGCUGAUUCGUCCAGCUGGACAUACACCAGAGGGUGCUUAAUCUGGAGUUUAUCUUGGAGGUGUGACCUUUGUGGUGUGUGAGGUCACUACGGUAGCCAGGAGGGCAAGGUCACUCAUCGAGGAGGUCAGCAACAUCGGCAGCAAAGGACGCCAAUGAGGAAGCCUCGCCUCACAGUUCCUCCACAUUGAGUCAACAUAGGUGAACGGGAGAGGCUGAACGCCACCCAGAUAUAGCGAGAGAGAGAGAGAGAGAGAGAGAGAGAGAGAGAAGCUUGCGGCUCGUCCAUCAUCAUGUCUGCCAAAACAAAGACAUAUGAGACAGUUACUUUGGCACGAACUGAUGCUCGAAUCCCAGUAGACAUAGCAGAGAGUUCUUCACCCCCCCUUCCCCCCAGUGUCGCUACGGCCACACACACACACACACACCCAGACGUCCCAGUAAACAAACAACGUAACUACAGCGGGGGUUUUUAACAACCCAACGACGUUGUAGUUAGGUUGUGUGUGUUGUGGGGGAUCUCCCUAUCGUGUGAGUUCACUACACACCAAGCUUCCUGCUACUUUGAGCAAUGACCUGGGAUCCGCCAUACUCUCAAUACAGGCCGCUUACAGCGAGCGAUUGCUCGAGUGAUUGUUGAAAGCGCAGCAAAAAGGCUCUUGGUGUGUGGGAAACUCACACAACCGGAGAUGUCAUUAAAUAUCAAGCUGUUUGUUUCCUGUAGUGUGGUGUGUGUGUAUAGUAAGAUGGUUAAACAAUAUUGUUUUUUUUUAUGUGUCAAUAAUAUUUGUUUAUUUUUUUUUUAACAGUUAAAUAGUAUGUAUUGAUAAAACGCUUGUGUAUCCUGUGAUUUACUAGUGCUGUAUUGUACCCUUGUCCUCUAUAAUGCCCGCAACACUCUUUAUGACAAGAGGAGCAACUGUGGAGGCAGCUCACCAAUCACAUGCACGGUUACCUAAUGGUUUCGUCAGCUUCAAUUGUUUUAUAGUCAGUUCAAAACUGCUGAAUUUUUUUGUCAAAAGAUUAAUCGGUUGAUUUUGAACAAAAAAAAACCAACAUUCUGUAUAUUUCAGCAACAUAUAUAUUAAAAAAAAAUAGUUAUUUUAGGCAUGUUUUGUUUCGUCAGCAGUUAUAAGAUUAUAUAUCUCGGUUUUCUAGAGUCUUAGAAGGAAAAAAAAAAUUGUUAUGGCUUUGCGAGCCUGGGUGAACCCGCGAGUAUUUUGAGAUCUAAUGUUUGUUUGUUUCUCUUGAUUUCUCCUUCAGGCCGGGAGACAACCCGUUCUACAGCAAUAUCGACAGUAUGCCAGACAUUCGACCCAGGAGGAAGUCUAUACCUCUCGUCUCCGAGCUGGUGCUUAAGACGAUGGCGGCGACGAAGAGGAAUGCUGGGCUGACGUCUGCUGUGCCGAGGGCGUCACUCAAUGAUGAGGAACUGGUUCCAAAGAUGCACGUGUAUAAGAAGACCCUACAGGCGCUGAUCUACCCGAUCUCCUCCACAACGCCUCACAACUUCCUCAUGUGGACGGCCACCUCACCCACCUACUGCUACGAGUGUGAGGGCCUACUGUGGGGCAUCGCUCGCCAGGGUGUCCGCUGCGUCGAGUGUGGAGUCAAGUGCCACGAGAAAUGCAAGGACCUCCUCAACGCUGACUGCUUGCAGACCGCCUACAACCUGGUCAAGUACCAUCCGUGGGCCCCUAACGUGGAGAUUGUCCACUUCGUGCUGGAAC